CUUCUACGUCGGCUUUGUUAAGUGUGAAGUAGUACAAUCUUAAAUGUUAUUUCAUUUUAAUUGGUAAACAUGCACGCAACGCAGAUUAUGUAUCGGUCUACGUUAUGACUGUAUUUUGUUGCAUACUUAAACAUUGUUUACCAAAGUUGAUGUUAAUUAAAACAUUAGAUACUUGAAAGGAUAUAUUCAGUUCAUCUAUUUAUUCAGCGUUUUGGUUUAUCUCAGUGUAUAGCUACUGGACUAUGAACAAGUGACUCAGGUCAGCAAGGUGUGUAUAGAAAGUUGUCAAAUGCAUCAUCUCAUAAAUGGAUUCACCAGUGAAUGGCAUUUUAUCAGUUUUAGAACAUCUUUGAAGAAAAUAGACGAAUCAGGUACAACCGAACUAUGUUGAGGAACCCAGACAAGCAAUUUCUUGGACUAGUACUACUUUUGAUGCUCGGGAGUGCGCUUGCUUUGAACGAAUGUCAGCUUUGUACAUGCUGUAAAGGAGGAGCAUCUCGGUGUAAACGGUACCACAACUACAGUUACUAUUGUUUGGAUGGUUGUAUUGACGGAUUCUUUGAUUAUCGUUGCAUACACGCAUGUAUAGAUAAUUGUAGGACUUGUUCAAAUUUACAGUCAUGUACACAAUGCAAUAGUGGAUAUUAUGGGAGUUAUUGUAGUAAGUGUCCGAGUAAUUGUUUAAUUUGCUCAGAUUUUAACACUUGCAAAAGAUGCAAAGAUGGAUUUUAUAAUGGUAAAAAAUCUUAUUACAGUUUUUACAGUUAUGAUGAUUGCCGUCAUGAAUGCCCGGCGAAUUGUAAAUCUUGUAUAUCGUAUGAUGAAUGCACUGAAUGUGUAAAUGGUAAAUAUAACGACAAUCGCAGAGACUGCAGUGAGAGCUGUAAUGUAGCAUGUAAAUCAUGUGUAUCGGGAAAAAACUGUACUGCAUGUCCAGCUGGAAAAUAUGGACUUCAGUGUCAGUAUGACUGUGGGCUUGGUUGCGAAAAUAAUCAGUGUGACUUUCAAAAUGGCAACUGUACCUGUAUGUCAAACUUUCAAGGUGAUAAAUGUGACCAAUGUGUUAACGGUAUAUACGAUACUAAUUGUAACUUUCCGUGUCCGAGAGGCUGUGCAGAUAAUACAUGCAAAAGCAAUGGUGAUUGUUAUAGGUGUAAGACAAACUUUUUGGGAGACAAGUGUAGUCAAUGUGUUCCCGGUAAAUACGGAAUUGAUUGUGACAUUUCAUGUCCAUCAGGUUGCAGUGCUGCCGGUUGUACAAGCCAUGGCAAUUGCCAUUACUGUAAGACAGGGUUUGCUGGAACUAAUUGUGGUCAAUGUGUCAACGGCAGAUUUGGAUCAAACUGUGAUCAGUAUUGUCCGUUAUCUUGCACGGCAUGCACUUCGUCAACAGACUGUUCCGUUUGUAAAGAUAGGCACUGGGGAAAUACUUGUCAACCAUGUCCUGAGAAUUGUGUAUACUGCAGCUCAGACACUGAGUGCUCAUUAUGUGAUUCUGGCUACUAUGGGCAAGUUUGCAAUGUAAAAUGUCCUAUUAAUUGUAAAAAUGAAUAUUGUCAUAAAACAAGUGGGCUAUGUUCCUCUUGUGUGGAUGGGUUUUAUGGCGACGAAUGUGACACGUCGUGUCCUGAAAAUUGUGCAAAUAAUGUUUGUUAUAAAAAUGGAAAAUGUCACUCUUGUAAAAGCGGGUAUCAUGACGACAGGUGUUCUACUAAGUGUGGAGACAAUUGCAAUGAGUGUCUACAAGAUGUCGGAUCGUGUCAAAAGUGUUCUGAUGGUUAUUUUGGUGAUUCAUGUAAGAAAGUAUGUCCUUUAUAUUGCAAACCAGGUGCUUACUGUAAUAGGCGCGACGGAAACUGUAAUGAGUGUGCAGACGGAUAUUACUAUCUAUAUCAAAAUUGUAAUAAACAGUGUAACGAAAAUUGCAAGACGUGUAAAUAUAAUGCAUGGCGCUGCAUUACUUGUGCAGAUGGAAAGUUUGGAAAACAUACACAAUAUCAAUAUUUCCACUGCGAAUUUAACUGUUCAUCAAAUUGUUUGAAUAAAAGUUGCGAAGGUAUUUCCGGGCAUUGUUUAUAUGGCUGCAAACCUGGAUACUGGGGAGAAAAGUGCAAAAAUAUAUGUCCGGCAAACUGUAAACAUUCGACUUGCUUUUCUAAUAACGGAGCAUGUAUGUCCGGAUGCGUAGAAGGCUACACAGGAAACAGGUGCGAAUGCCCACAGAACUGUGAAUGUAAUGAAGAUAAAACAUGUAUCAGAUGUAAAAGUGAUUUUGAACACACAGGACGUAAUUGCACUUGUUCUAAAAUGUUUUGUUCCGAUAAUACGUGUAGCAGUUGUUCUACUUCUAGGUAUUACUUAGAAGAUGCAUCUUGUUGUAAAUGUAGCAGCACAUGUAAAAACAACCAAUGCGUAUCAGCAUCCAAAUGUUCGAACGGAUGUUCGGAUGGAUUUCGCAGCGAUAGUUGCCAAUACCUGUGUAAGGAUAUUGACCCUUACUGUUGGAAGUGCACGUCUAAUUUCACACGUACUAUUGGAAAUUGUUUAGAGUGCGUACAUGGAUAUCAUACCGAUGUGAAUGCCGGUAAAUGUGUACCGUGUUCAGAGUAUUGUGUAGAUAAUGUCUGUUCUUCACAAACUGGAACAUGCACGGCAGGCUGCACAGAUGGAAAAUGGGGGCAGAGAUGCGAAGAACAAUGUGAUAAACUCUGUAGUCAGUGCACACAGUCGGAUGGUGAAUGUUUAGUUUGCAAAGAUGGCAAAUAUUUUUCAAACUGUAGCCGAACGUGCAGUGCAAAUUGCGAAGCCUCCAACGGUGUACAUUUGUGUGCCAUAACCGAUGGCUCUUGUCUAAAUGGAUGUGAUUCAUUAAGUAAAUAUGGUAGGCAUUGUGAGCUGACCUGCAGUAGCAGUUGCUUGAAUCAAACCUGCAGCUGGAAGACAGGCAAGUGUUUAUAUGGAUGUGUUGACAACUUCUAUGGGGACAAAUGUGAUAAAAUUUGUAAUAGUAAUUGUUUAACAACAAAUGACGAAAGACGGUGCAAUGACAAAUCUGGGCAUUGCGUCUCAAAUUGUUUAGAUGGUUUCUAUGGUAACCUGUGCGAUCAGAAAUGUAGUGCUAACUGUGUUAAUACCACUUGCAAAAAACAGUCUGGGGAAUGUGUGCAUGGAUGUAAGACGGGGUAUACAGGAACAAGGUGCGUUCUAGCUGCACAGACAGGAUUGAAUGGGGAGAGCAUGAGUGUGACGAUUGGUGCAGCAGCAGGUGGAGGCCUUUUCCUCGUGAUUAUAAUUGUAGUGAUUGUUGUUGUCUUACUAUUAAGAAGACGUGGAAGAAGUGACAAAAGUAAGAAAAAAGAAUUGGUCGAAAUUAAUGACAAUACAGAUAAUUCAGCAGUGACGUACAGUGAAAUCGUAGCCACUGGUGUGCCACUUCAGCAAACGGAUGCAGAUGCAGUGUACGCUAAGCCAAACAAACUGAAGAAAAGUGUUGAUAGAGUGAUAUCUUCGAACGAAAGUUCUUCUAAACAAACUCCAACCAACAGCAGUCUGCCACUUCAGCAAACUGAUGCAGAUGCAGUGUACGCUAUGCCAAACAAACCGAAGAAAAGUGUUGAUAGGGUGAAAUCUUCGAGCGAAAGUUCGUCUGCACAAAUGCCUAGCAAUCCGAACUAUGAGAAACCUCCAACCGGCAACCUCGAUAUUGUCAACAAAGAAAAUUGUCGGAAGCCUCCAAUUGUGGCCAAACCUGCACAUGUUUAUGACAAUACUGCAAUAAGAACUUCAGUCACUACACAUAAAUCCUCGGUACAUUUAGAUGAUGCCGCUUUGGAAAUUGAGGAAGACAUUGACAGCAUAAUGGCAUCUAGCAAAACUAAGUCGGUCACACUAGCAGAUGGAUUAAAUGUCACAGAAUCGGAUACAUAUUACAAUGUAACAGCGGUGAAAAAGAGGAACAUUACGCUCGAUUCCUUGCCUGAUUUCGUAUCAAAGAAGACAAAAGCAGAGUUUGCUGAAGAAUUCAAGCAAUUGCCUCCGGGGUUGAUCAAACCUUAUGUAGACUCACAGAAAAGAGUAAACUUAUCGAAGAAUCGGUACAAGGGAAUAUAUCCAUAUGAUGAAACACGUGUUGUGCUGAAAGAGGGCGAUUCUGACUACAUCAACGCAAGUUACAUAGAUGGGUACAACAAGAGAAAAGCUUAUAUUGCGUCGAUUGGUCCUACCUUUAAGUAUAUGGGAGAUAUGUCUGCUUUCUGGAUAAUGGUGUGGCAGGAGAAAGUAGGCAAGAUUGUCAUGUUGACUAAACUUGACGAAGGAGGGGCGCCAAAAUGUGACCAGUACUGGCCGGAGAAAGAUUUCAGUUUGCCGUAUGCAAGUAUACAAGUCACGUGUCAAAGUGAAGAAAGCUAUGCUGACUAUACCAUCAGGUCAUUCACUAUCCAGAAAGGUUCGGAAAAACGAAAAAUCGUUCAAGUUCACUUUACGGCAUGGCCAGAUAAAGGUACGCCUGACGACGUUACAAGCUUGAUAGAAUUUCGUCAGAAGGUCAUCAGUACUAAGACUGAACUAGAAGGUCCUAUACUUGUGCACUGCAGUGCCGGUAUAGGCAGAACAGGAACGUAUAUUGCCUUAGAUAGCCUGACAGAGGAAGGUGAGGCUGAAGGUGAAGUUGAUAUAUACGCAUUUGUAAGGAACAUGAGGGAGCAGAGAGUUAACAUGGUGCAAACUGCUGAGCAAUACCAAUACCUUCAUAAUGCACUGGUGCACACGCUGACAUUUGAUAGCAAGGCUGUGGAGGCUUCAAAGUUUGAUAAAUACAUGACAUCACACACAGAUGAUCAUCUUGGGGAAAAGUUUGAGAAGCUCCAAGCGUCUGUUGAACAAAGAUCAGACGAUGAAGUAGAUGCCGUUAAGAGAAACCAAGCUUUGAGAAAUAAAAACAGAGUCGGAGCUGAUAUUCCCGGGGACCGAAACAGACCUAAACUGUAUCUAGAGAGAAAACUGGGUUCCUCCGAUUAUAUAAAUGCAGUUUAUGUUAACAGUUAUACAACGAUAAACCGUUAUCUGGUAGCCCAGACACCUCUGCCAGACACUGUUGUUGAUUUUUUAACAUUGCUUGUUCAAGAGAAAGUAUCAUGCAUUGUCAGCAUGGAAACCGAUUCUGUCGAUGACAAGACAAUUGGAGCAUUUUACCCGGCUGAUAACCAAACACUUAAGAAAGGCACGUUCACAGUCAAGUCUAAGCGGGAAAAGGACACAGAGCAAUAUGUGCUAAGAAAAUUGGAAAUUGCACACAAAGGAAAGUCUGGUACAGAAGUCGUCACAAUUCCACAUAUCCAAUUCACACAUUGGAAUGAGCACAAAAACAUUCCAGAAGAACCAGCAAAGUUUGUACAGUUUGUAAAAGAUGUAGAAAUGAAGUAUGGAGGCAAUAAAUCAAGAGGACCGAUAUUGGUGCAUUGUCUAACUGGUGCUGAAAAAAGUGGAUUAUUUUGUGUCGUUUCCAACUUGUUAGAGAAAACACAAAUUGACCAGGAAACAAGCGUAGUAAACGCAGUGCGGCAAAUCAAGUAUAGACGACAUAUGUCAGUUCCAAAUAAAGACCAAUACAUUUUCUGUCACCAAUGCGUGAAUGAAUAUCUACGCACCUUUGACAUCUACUCCAAUUUUGAACUCAAGACUUAAUGUUGCAGUUAUCAACAACGACAAAAUGAUAAAAGAUGUUGAUAAAUAAUCGAAAUCUGACUAUAAGAAUUAAUUGGACAAAUCGGAUAUCAAACACUACAGGACUGAUCUACGUAAAUAUAAUUGCGACAUUAAACAGGGUUUUACAAACCUUAGGUAUCGUUCGGAAGAAACAUUGGUAAACACCAUGUUCAUAUCUGUUACAUAUAUGUGUAUAGUUGUAAUAUUAUUGUUCAUUUCUUUUAAACAAUUAUUAAGUUUUUGUACAUACAAUCUGUACAUUGUGCUCACAUUAAUAUAAUAUCAGCAUGGUCAUAUUCCAUGUUAACACAUUGACAAGCCUAAGUUAGAAUUCACUAAUUCCAGUCCUUUUUUUAUUUCUUGUAGAAAUGGCCGCUUCAGAGCUUAUCUACGUUUUUUGUAAAACAACACUAUUUUCGCAAUACAUUUUUCAUGACAUUUCUUUAAAAACUAAUGAAAACAAUAGAAAGAAAACAGAGCGUUGAAUAACUCCUAGUGAAAUUACAGUCAAUUGUUGUAUGCUACCCUAAAACUUACGUAUUAAUUGUUCUUUUGGCCGCAAUUAAACCCUUACAUUUAAACAUAUGUGAUAGAGAUCAAUAAAAUUGCACCUUUACCAAUCCAACCUGCCCUUUAUUACAGAACCUGUACUAUUGAGACAUUUUGAUACAAGCGUCACUACAAAAUACUUUCUGAUAUUUUUCAUUGUUAAAAGUUAAUUUUGUACCAUAAGUAAGUUUACAAAAUCAUACCAAGUAGUUUUUAAAGGAUAAAUCAAACACAUGAAUAUAUCCUAAAUGUUUUUGUUGUGCAAAAUAUGUACGAUAUUGUGUAUAAAACCGUUUUCAUUUUCCACUCAUUUGUGUGAAUUACAAGGGAAGUAAACUUAUAGAUACCUCUGGCCUACAGAUUACAACUUUAAAUUACAUACUGUGUGUGUUCGGGUUUCAACAGUUUGUCAGACAUAUCAAAGACGGUGUCUACUUGUUGCAGUUGAUAGUGCAGCCUCACUGGAAUAUCACGCCGUAGACACGUGACAUGAUAUCCCACCCAGACACAUUAUACUGACACCGGGCUGACCUGUCCUAGCGCUAUCAUCAUAUUGCAAAGCGCCAAGCGAGGAAGCUACAAGUACCACUUUUACGUCUUUGGUAUGACGCGGCAAGGCGGUUUAAAUUAGAUAUUAAAACUUCUGUUAUUGAUAUAAAAAAAUCUAUCAUAAAUUUCACAUUAUUAAAAUCAUUGUUGGUUAUUAGAAGGACUUAGAAAUCAAUUUCUCGCCAUUAUUUAAUGUUUUGCUAUCUUUGAAAAUUUUAGGGUCUAUCUCUACUAUAUUCGCUUUCGAUACGCCAAACUUGCCAUCGUUAGAAUUUAUUACAUUUCUUGCUAAAUACAUUCUAGGGGUGACAAAAAAUAUGAUUAAACUCGUUCUACAUUUACAAGAAACUGCUCAAAAACACCGGAAUAGUCGGAUCUGUUUAAUUUGGAUGUACUUUGACUACAUAAUGAAAGCACAUUUUUGAUCAAAUUACCGACCGUUAUCCCGUAAUGUAACAAUAUUUUGCAAAACAAUUGCUCUUUCAAAGUUACAUAUAUCGGGGAGACUUUCAUAUGAGCGCGCAUGUUUCGUGUAUGUGUUAGACAUGUUAACACAAGAUUCUGAUCCUAGAUAAAAGUAAAAUAAUUGAUCUUUCUCACAGAUAUCAAUGCAAUCAGCUGUUACUAAAAUACUAAUAAAUAUGGUCCCAUUACGAGACUACAAUUUUUGUAACUCAUUGAAUGUUUUCUACUGUUAUUUGCCAGUAAACAACUAAAACAGAAACUAAUAUUCUUGUAAUGUAUAUAUAUGUUUUUCCAUGACACAUGUAUAUAAUUAUUUCUAUUUUUAUUUCAACUUUAUAUACAAUUGUUAAAUUUCACAUCAUUAAUAAAAUGCUGUAGUUUCUA